AUGGAUCUCAAAGUGAUCUGUGCACUCUCCAUCAUCCUCGUCGUAGCCCUCAGCACCUUGGCAGACGGAAAGACACCACCAACAAGAUGUCAGUGUAAACUGGCCCCCAGGGAGCGGAGGAACUGCGGUUACCCAGGAAUCUCAGCAGUGGACUGCAGGAAAGCUGGGUGCUGCUUCAACGCUUCAGUCCCCGGCGUUCCCUGGUGCUUUGCUCCUAAACCGAAGAGAGUUAGGAAAGUAUGCCCCAAUGACUCUUACGCCAGGAUAAACUGCGGCUUCCCCGGCAUCACGGCUAAGGACUGCGAAAGGAAGGGGUGUUGCUUCAGGCCACAUCCCGCUGGUGUCCCCUGGUGCUUCUACCACCGCGUGGUGGAGGAAGGAAAUGCAGGAUCUUAG